UUAUUCAAUUCUCGACAACAGACAUUGGCCUCCGUCAAUGGCCGAUUCAGUCAAAUCGACUCAAAUAUCAAACCCUACUGCCUCAGGGAACAAGAAAAUGAAGGUCAAGAUUUUACAUGGCAUGCUAUUGGUUCUUGGACAUGGGAUGCUCAAGACGAAACUUGCGGUAUUUGUAGGAUGGCUUUUGAUGGUUGUUGCCCUGAUUGUAAGCUUCCAGGCGAUGAUUGCCCUUUAAUGUGGGGAGCUUGUAACCAUGCAUUCCAUCUUCACUGCAUAUUGAAGUGGGUGAAUUCACAAACUUCGCAAGCACAUUGUCCGAUGUGCCGUAGGGAGUGGCAGUACAAAGAAUGAAUGAUCGAAGUUGACUGUUUCUUGACCUAAUUUCUUUUUUUUUUAUGUUGUUGUUAUUUGUUGUUUGGUUAGUUCGAUAACUUUUGAGCAACGGCAAAGUUAGGAAGAAAUGAAGUGUUAUUUUGGUUUUAUGGAGAAAAUGUGCGUAUUCGAGUUUCGACUAUACAAUUGCAGGAACUUUUUGUUAGCUAAUCUUGUUGUGGCUAUCAAACGAGGUCGUUUUCGGUACGAAUUUGAGUGUAAGUACAGUGAUAUGUAAUAUCAUUCUUGAAUCCUGGAAUUGACUAUAAAUUAGGUUCCACUUUUUUGUUCCAAACAA